CGUUUUCUUAGUCAUUUUGACUCGGAAAUUUAUAAACCAAAAAACGAGAUACAUGAUUAAAAUUUUACAGAAAAACUGGGUAUCUGUGGUAAUUUUAAUUGCAUUUGUUUCAUGAGGUUUGUAAGUGUUUGAUGGUAUUAAUUAUUUAAAAGCAUUCAGUAACAUUUUGAGGCGCCGUAGGAAUCAGUCUUACUAAACAAUCUAACAAUUAUUCUCUCACUAGUAGGCGAGAAGAGCGAGAAGACAUCAACUAUGAUGUCAUGUCAGCAUCGGAGCUAGGCCCUGGGGACGAAAUAAAAUGGCGGGUUGAAAUAGCACUUUUCGACUGUAAAUUGAGUAUAUUUAUGUAGCAUAUUCCAAAUAUGUUUAUUUGAAAGCCUUAUGGGUCAAAAAUACGUCAAGACACUUCAAAUUGUUCAGGAAAAUGCCGUAACUCUUCGAGAUUUGACUUGUCUGACUUAUGAUGGCUUAAUAAUAUCAUCAACUGACACUAGUUAUUUAUGGAAAGCAUUUGUUCAAGUAACCUGUUGCAAGAUAAAGAAGUCAACAAAUGCUAUUGAGACGGAAAAAUGUUUGGACCUCGCGAGAUUUUGUAGAGUGUAUCGUGCACUGACGAAACGUUACAGUAAAUGUGAAUCUGUCGAACAGAGCAGCUUUUCAACGAAAGUAAAUUUGGAGAGUCAAGACCUUACGAUAUCUGUAAUUCUCUCAAGUGUUGAUGCCGUUCAAGCUGAACCAGUAGAAGAAUGCUGUAUAUGUAUGGAACGACAUUCAGAUGUUUCUCUUGCUUGUGCUCAUAGUUAUUGUAAAGAAUGUAUACACCAGUGGUUCGAUGAGCAUAAAACUUGCCCAAUUUGUCGUAAAAAAGUGGACGGUCAUGAGGAAUUCUGGGUAAUAGCUGACAAACCAACUGAAAGUGAAAUGGCCGAUUACGUCAUGGGUUUUACAGAUGAAGAUAAACAUUUAUAAAGAGAUUUUUAGUUCCAAUAAUAUUCACUUUCGAAAGUCAGCAUCGACUUUUGCUUUUAGAAGUUUUGGCAUAGUGAUGGGGCAUUUAAAUUAUAACAAUAGAUUAAUUUCUAAAGGUCUAGUUUUUUUUAUGCAAUAUAUAUA